AUGUAUUAUGUUAAUCAUAAUGACAAAGUUGAGGGUACUGCUGCUAUCAAACUUGACAUGUCUAAAGCUUAUGAUAAAUUGGAGUGGUCUUUUCUUGAAAAAGUUUUGAGAAAAAUGGGGUUAGCUGAAAAUUGGAUAAAACUCAUAAAUCAAUGUGUCUCCACUGUCUCCUAUUUUGUUCUUUUAAAUGGUAGCCCUACUGGUUUUUUCCAACCUGAAAGAGGUCUAAGGAAAGGGGAACCCCUAUCCCCUUACCUCUAUAUUAUCUGUGUUGAGGCUCUUUCCUCUUAUAUAGAUAAUCUUCAAAGAAAUGGUACCCUGAGGGGUAUCAAAGUUUGUAAAAAGGCCCCUGAGAUGACUCAUUUGCUUUUUGCUGAUGACUCUCUUCUUAGAAGAAUCCCUGAACAUAGGAAGGUCCUUUUGGCUAACAUUCGGGAGAUUCAAAGCAGAGAUUUAGGAGAAAAAUAUCUUGGGACUCCAACUGUUUUUAAAGCUUAUAAAAUCCAAACCCAUAUAGGUAUUCUCCAAGCUGUGGAUGCCAAAAUCACUGUCUGGAUUCAUAAGCUCCUUUCUCAGGCUGCUAGAACUACUUUGGUUAAACAUAUUGGUCAAGCCAUUCCUUUAUUUCAGAUGGGGGCUUUCUUAAUCCCAAAACAUCUUUGCAGAAAGAUGGAUGCUCACCUCUGCAAAUUUUGGUGGGGAGAGACUCUGGACCCAAAAGAUAGGAAGCUUCACCUUUUGGGUUGGGAUAUUCUUUGCUCCCCUAAAUAUGAAGGUGGUUUGGGAUCCAGAAAAGCUGAAAUAAACAAUCUUGCUAUGUUAGCUAGGAAUGUCUGGAAAAUUAUUGAAAAUCAUGAUUGCAUGUUAGCCAAGAUUUUAAAAGCUAGUUAUUUUCCUAGAACUGAUUUUCUGAAUGCUAAGUGUGCUGAUAAGUGUUCCUGGACCUGGAAAUGCUUACAUACUAUUAAAGAGCUGAUAAAACCUUUUAUUUCCUGGAUUGUUGGUGAUGGAAGUUUAUUGACCCUUGGUGCGAUAAAUGGAUUCCAUCUUUGGGCUCUGCUACCCCCAACCCUCUUACCCCUCCAGACCCUAAUAUUGAAGUCGACUAUUUCAUUGAUGAUAAUACUAGAACCUGGAAUGUUUCUAGACUAA